GAGGAGGAGGAUCAAGUCAAAAGGUGUCAUGUUAUUUCGAGGGAUCUUCUUUCGAUCACAUGACACUACCUGCAGUUGGCCCCCGCCUCUUCGGUGUAUACAAGCUGCUGGAUCCAUUUUGUAGUCUUAAAUACCUGGAGGUUUGGAGUUUUUUCACCUCGAGACAUUAAAGAAGACCUUGUGUGCUCACGUGAGUUAACACUUCAAAUUAAAAACCAUUCAUCACUUCCUGUCUUUCUAUUUUAAAACUCAUUGCGUGACAGUCUGUUUAGCUCCGCCUACAGGGAUGAAGUGUAAAUGACGCAGCUAAGUUAGCACCCAUGCUAAUGCUAACAGGACGUCAAUAAUAUCGUGGGUUAAUUUUUUUUAACAAUAUCUUUAUUAGUUUUUCACAAGUUUUUUGAAAGACAAAGAAAACACACUCAUGACACUAUGCACAUUACACAACUCCACAUGGUGUAGGUUACUGUGCUUAAUAUUGUCCAGUCAAGGUUUCCACAUAUCUUCAAAUUCCCUGCCCUCCCCCGAGUAACAUAAGUCAAUUUUCCAAUAUGACGUAGCUUGUCAUUUCCUUUAUCCAUAGAUGUAUUGAUGGUACAUCCAUUUUUUCCAGAAUAGUGCAAUCAGUCUCUUGCCCUGCAGGAGUCAAAAGUCCAUCAAGGUCGAUUAUUUAAACAAACCACACAAUCUUUUGCAUAGAUCCCCAAUACAAAAGAUGUUGCUUGGUGAGGUACAUUGAUUCUAACGAUUUUGGACAUGGUCUGGCCCACUCCUUCCAAUAUGUUUGUAAUUUAGGACAUUCCCAAAUAGCAAAAUAGGGUACCUCGUUCUUCUACACACAGAUGUUACAGGUGUUAUAUAAGUCCUCAUCAACCACUUGUAUUGUUGUUACCUCAUUUGGGUUAAAUUUUUAAUGAUGUUUGAGACGCUAUUUGCACGUCCAGGUCAGGCAUAGAUGUAGCAUCCACCUGAGAUACAGGUGUAGCAGCAACCUGAGACACAGGUGUAGCGUCCACAUCAGGCACAGGUGUAGCAUUCACCAGAGGCACAGGUGUGGCAUCCAUUGUGAACAUUCAGGAAGCGCUGCCAUGGAGGAGAAGCCAGAAGGAGAAGGAAGGAGGAGGCUACCCAGGUUGAAGAUCACUAGAAGGUUCUGGAAGAACAGCAGACAGCAGGACCACCCUGCAGAGGAGACAGAAUCAGAGGAGACCAGCAGGAAGUUUACGGUCAUCGAGGGAGAUCUUGAGGAGACCAGCAGGAAGUUGACGAACAUGGACGCAGAGCUUGAUGAGACCAGCAGGAAGUUGGUAACCAGGGAGGAGGAGCUCUUCAGUCAAGACCCUCCCAGUGAGGAGGACGAGGAUCAACUCCAGCGUGACCUGGAGACCCUGAAGUUGCACAUUCUGAUGGUUGUCAACCGCACCUUCAACUCUUCGUCCUCAGUGGAGCCCAAUGCCCUGAAGAGCGCUGUGGCCGCCAUGCAGCUGCAGGAGGCGCAGGACCGGCGGUGGGCGGGUCGCCCUGUGGGGCGUGUCCCAAUGUGGCGUCCUCAGAAAUGUCUCAGCGCUCACAACAUGCUGCUAGCCAAAGUGGUGGAGUCCAGGCUGGCCAAGGCUGCCGAGGAUGAGUUGAGCGGCACUGACGGACUCUCGUCUCCCUUGAAGAGGCAGGUGUGUCGCAUGGGUAAGCGUGUCAAGGAGGACCUGCUGAGGGUGUCACAGCUGGUUCAGGACUGUUACGGCACAGACGUGGACGUGGUCAACGUGUACGCUGGCUUGUGUCAUGGUUGUUUCUCGGCUCGACUGACCCAAAUGACCUCUGCUGGACUGGAAGCAGACGACUCUGCCUACCUGCUCUUCUGGGCCAACUGCUACUAUCCACAAGAAAUACUAGAGCAUGAAGACCUGCGCAGGAGCAUAAAAACUUCUUGUCUAGGGGCUCUCCUGCCAAAGGAGGUGGUGCAGGACCUGGAGGAGCAGUACAUGAAGAGGAAGGAAAUGGACAUGUGGCUGCACAACAUCCUGCACAGAGAAGAAGACAACUGGUCCAAGGACGAGACACCAGAAAUCAUCGACAACUACUACUUCUCUCCACUGGCCAUCAAUGUCAUUCAGGUGAUAGACGGAUCCCUGAAGGAGUGCAGCAGUCUAAUCAAUGAUGACAGAACAUCUCAGAAGGUCACUGCUCACCUGGAGAGCUUCCUUGGCUGGUACAAGAAGAGUGUGGAGAAGCUGGUGAAGAGAAGUGAUCAAAGUGUAUCAGCAAUGAUGAAAGCUCACUUGGCUUGUGAGGAGCAACUCAGAGAUUACGUCAGAGGUCAAACAGGAAGUGUGACAGCAGAGCAAAGACAUCGCUGUGAGGACAUUUUGGAUGCACUGAGGGAUAGUGGGUACUCCCGUUUCACUCGCCCCAUUCACCAACAACUGAAAGUGUAUUAUAAACAGCUGUGGACUUCCGGUUGGUUGGACGGGUCACUUCCUGUCGUAGACUCGUUGUUGGACUCUUUGUAUGAACACUUGGCUGAUCUGGCUGACAUGAAACCUUCCUGCAGACAGCGUUUGCUGUGUGUCCUCCAUGAGGAUACGGUAGUUCAAUAUUUGAAGAGGAUGAUGAAGAGCAGGAUGAAGAGCAGGAGGCAGCAGGUGGACGGAGCUCAGCGGAUGACCGAAGACGCCCAAAAGAUGAAUGACUUCUUCAGUGCGGUGGGCUGUAGCGGGUUGUUGCGGCUCGGAACGAUGCUCUGCAAUGUGGCCGAGAUCCUUCGACUACACGAUCCAGGGAGUGUUCGGCUGGAGAUGGUUGCCUUUGCCAUGAAGUUCCCCGACCUCAGUGACAUCCUGCUGUCGUCGCUGCUCACCCUCAAAUCAGACCUCUCGGCGGAUGAUGCCCGCUCCAUCAGGCGCAGUUUGGAGGAGGUCCGCCCCUUUCGUACCUCCACCAGUCAGAGCUCAGUGUUGUUCUCCAAGCUCAAAGUCCAAUGGGUCAGUGACAGGCAAGCUCACUUGGACAAGAACCACUCUGACUGAUGCAACCCCCAACCCACCCCCCCACGGAACCCCCCCUCCCAUAAAAGUCUGUCUCAGGUCCAGUGUGCACGUGUGUGUGCAGAAAGAAGGCUUGCAAGCGUUUGGUGUUUCACAUACUUUAUUUGGGAUGUUUCAGCGGUCCAAACAGGAACUAAAAAAUUGUGGCGGUGUUAGCAGUCUAGUGGCUCACUAAUGUCCCGUAGGACUCAUUCAGGUUACAGUGACGUUUGGGGAUGUGGGGUGAGAGUGCAUGAGAGGGAGGUGUCAGAGGUGAAAGGUUAAAGUGCAGUUCACUUUUGCUCGGGCAUCAGGUCAUCGAUGGCGUCUCCGGACUCGAGACGUUUCUCCAUUUCGACCAGCAGGUUGACUCCGUCCACCACCAUCUGGACCAGCUCCACCUCAGAGAAACCCAACCGGUCGGCGUUGGAGAUGUCAAAGACUCCGCCCACCGCUGCAGUGUCCACACCCCCUGUAGAGACAAGAAGACGACGACUUGAGACCAAACAAGGGCUAGAGCAGACCAACAGGUCCCGACAAAGGUUCUACCUGUCCCUCUCUUCUGCAGCCUCAGACGUUUCAGAAUCUCUCCGAAGAGCUCAUGCUUGCUGAGGUUGGGAAGUUUCACGUGGACCCCGGCCCGCAGACCCGUUCCCAGGUUGGACGGGCAGGUGAGGACAUAGCCCAGGUGCUCAUUCCACAUGAACUCGUGACCUCGCUCCUUGAACAGGUCCUCAAUCUGCACAAGCACCACUUUCCGGUAACUGUCUUGCCUAUGUGCAAACAGGAAGUAAAAGUUGUGCUGCUGACCUUGGUGAGUCCAGUGCAGAAGCGUGAGAAGACGUCCCUCAUGUUGCCGCCUUUCUGCAUGCUGAUGACCCGCAGGUGGUCUUCCUCGUUGACCCAAACCAGGAAGGUCUUGUUGUCAUUGUGCCUGCAAGAGGACGGACGAGCAUCAUCUUCUGCAACAGUUUGCCUUAACUGAGUCUCCACCGUGCGAAUUAGACAAAACCGGUUCUGACCAGAUCCCGCGGCCGUCGGGCCAAUCACGGGCCAUGCCAGAUGAUAGCAGCAGCGGCGAGACGGGCUUGUCGAACAGGAAGUGGUCAUCAAUCAGCUGCUGCUGCUCCUCCUCAGUCAUGUUCUUCAGGGCGUAGUAACGACCUUUUAAGUCGCCAUCGAGGGCGUCCAGACCUGCACGAGGUCAGAGGUUACACAUGGAGAACGUUGUCUUUGUUUUUUUUCCACAUAUUUCGUACAUGUUUACAUGUUUGUUUGUUAUAAUAUUAAAUACAGGUAAGAAAUCAGGGCAGGAAAUCAUUUGGUCAGCUGCCAGCCUUGAGUCUUGAUGGUAAAAUCUUCCAGUUAAUGCAGAGCACCAUCUAGUGACCAUUCAUUUUUACAGUAACAUUUAUGUGCAACAUGGACAAAACCACUUCUAUGUCCUAACAGCAGGCAACAUUCUUCAAAUAAGCUGGCCCAGAAGGGGGCACUGCAGAACCAGGUAAAAAUGUUGUAAACUAAAAGUGAUGACUGAGGAAGACUAGGAGGCAAACAAACGGAGGAUGUGACAUCAUACUUUCAAUGGAAAGGUUCUCGAUGGCCCGGCGUUCUCCUCGGCUGCAGUGUGGCGGCAAACAGAAGCCACGGAUGCUGCGACCCGUCCGAACCCGAGAACUCAGAACGUAGUUUGGAUCCAGAUCAUCUCCACCCUGAAAGAUUAUGUCAAGACGAGUAUGAUCCAAACUUUAAUUACUGACUGACAGUAUAAUUCAAUUUUAUUAUUUAAUUAUCACAAGAGUAAAUGUGAUGUACUGCUAUGUACAUUUUACAUGUUCGAAAUAAACUAAACCAGGACUCCCAACCACUGGGCCCAUUACCGAUCCAUGGGUGGGGCCGAACCGGACCAUGGGAAGCUUUCAGGUGCAAUGAUAAAUUAAAAAAAAAUACACUUGUAAAUAACUACACAAAAUUUUAUGUAAAUGCAUAUCAAUUUCGGAAAUAAUGGUCAUUUUAUUGUAAAAAUAAUAUACAGUUACAAAUCCCAUAGUUUUGGCAUUUAUAUGUUUGUUGCAAGCGGCGACCCGUCCCACUUUGUUCGACGGUCCCUGAAUGCACCAUCGUGCGUGUGCUAACUUUCUCUCAUGCCGCACAGAUACACUACUGUAUUUUUACCGUUUUUUUUCAUCUCAUAUUUCGUUUCAAAUGCUGAUACUAUUGGGAAUGUAUAAAGGUAAGUUUUGAUGACCUUAUUGAGUGCUAAUUUGCACUUGUCUCAAGUUAAUCCAUGCUAGCACACUGCCUUUUACCACACACGUCAAACAGCGAUGUAAUCAUC